AUGGAUUGGACAAAUCAAUCAUCGCAUUCGCGCCUCGACUCGCUUGUCGAUGAUUUGGUGGAUGUCUGGCAUAUCCACCGAGUGCCAAUUCUUUUGACCACCUGCGUCAUCCUCGUCGCUGUCCGACUUUACUUCCAAUUCAAUGGACAAAAGACAGAAGUUAUUGCUUUCAAGAAGGCUUACGAGGAGCCCGCCAAGAAGGCAUACGAAGAGCCCCUCAAGCCCAAGAUCGUAGUCGAAGAAGUUAACCCCGAAGUUAAGAUCGAAGAAAAGACCGCCAUCAUCGAGCCAGCCGAAGAGAAGAAGAAUGCCAAAUCCCAGGGUCCUCGACGAAUCAAGGGUGGCGUAGCCAGGAAACCAUCGAAGAAAACUGAGGAAGAAAAGGACGUCACUCGACCUGUCGUACCUCUUGUCUUCUUUUCUUCCAUCACGACUAAAACGGCCAAAAUUGCGGAAGCGUAUGUUGAAGAGCUGGGAGGAAAGUUGGACGAGAUUUCCAAGAAGUCAGGCCGACAAUUUCUCAAGCCCGAAACCCGAGACCUUACUGAGAUCGACUUCGAUGAUUAUUUCCUUACUCCCUACAAGGCGCAUGGCGAUGCCGACCUCUUCUAUCUCUUUCUGAUUCCCAGCUACAACAUCGAUACCAUCAACGACACCUUCCUCGAGCAUCUCCAGGAGACGCACCAUGACUUCCGAAUUGAUACCGCGCCUCUGUCAAGCUUGAUGGGAUACUCUGUUUUCGGUUUCGGCGACAAGGAAAAUUGGCCUACCGAGGCAGACGGUUUCUGUUUCCAGGCAAAGGAAGUCGACAGAUGGAUGGCUAAGCUUACUGCUCGCAAGAGAGCUUACCCUGUUGGAAUGGGCGAUAUGCAAAGUGAUCACGAACAGCGUCUACAGGAAUGGGCUAAGGGUGUCGAAGAAGUUAUUGAACAUGCUGCCCGCACCGGAAACUUGGGAGAAGGUCUUCCCGGCAGUGGAGCAGCUGAAGAAAGCGACGUUGAGGACAUUUCCGAAGACGAAGACGAUGGUGAAGUCAUCAUCGAGGACGACGCUACUGGUAACAAGACAAAGGGUGGAAGGGAUCUUGAUGAUGUCGAGGAUCUUGGACGCAUGAUUCGAAAAGAUGAUGGUUCGACCACUCAGAAAGCCCCUCUCGCUGUUGACUUUACCAACUACGGUUCAUCCACAAAGAAAUCAGUACCCCAAGGACCCAAGAAGAUGGUUGCUGAGGAAUCGCCUACAUACAAAGCACUCACCAAGCAAGGUUACGCCAUUGUCGGAUCCCACUCCGGAGUCAAGACAUGCCGAUGGACGAAAUCAGCUCUCCGCGGACGUGGCUCCUGUUACAAAUGGUCAUUUUACGGUAUCGCGAGUCAUCAAUGCAUGGAAACAACGCCUUCACUGUCCUGCUCCAAUAAGUGUGUCUUCUGCUGGCGCCACGGCACAAACCCAGUCGGAACCACAUGGCGAUGGGUUGUGGAUCCUCCUGAGCUUAUCUUUGAUGGCGUCAAGACAAACCAUUACAAGAAGAUCAAGAUGCUGCGUGGUAUGCCUGGUGUGCGAGCUGAGCGAUUCGCUGAAGCUAUGCAGAUCAGACACUGCGCUCUAUCACUCGUCGGAGAACCCAUCUUUUACCCUUACAUCAACGAGUUCCUCGGCAUGUUGCAUGCUGAACGUAUCUCUUCUUUCCUCGUCUGUAACGCCCAGCACCCUGAUCAGCUCGCUGACCUCAAGGCUGUGACUCAACUCUACGUUUCCAUCGAUGCAGCUGAUAAGGAAUCACUACGGAAAAUCGACAGACCUCUACACCGAGACUUCUGGGAACGCUUUAACCGCUGCCUCGAUAUCCUUCGGGAGAAGCGUUUCAGCCACCGAACAGUAUUCCGCCUGACACUCGUCAAGGGUUUCAACGUUGAGGAAGAGGCUGAAGGAUACGCCCGACUCGUGGAACAAGGUUUGCCAUGCUUCGUUGAAGUCAAGGGUGUCACAUACUGUGGUACAUCGACCUCAUCCAAUGCUGGCUUGAGCAUGUCCAAUGUUCCCUUCUACUGGGAGGUCUGCGACUUUGUCAAGGCUCUCAACAAGAGACUGGAGGAAAAGGGUUUGAAAUACGGCAUCGCUGCUGAGCACGCACACAGUUGCUGUAUUCUCUUGGCCAGUGAGAGAUUCAACGUCGAUGGAAAGUGGCAUACUUUGAUCGAUUAUAAGAAGUUCUUCGAGCUUCUCGAGGAGCGUGGACCUGGAAACUUUACCCCAGAAGAGUACAUGGGGGCACCAACUCCCGAAUGGGCUCUGUGGGGUAACGGAGGAUUUGAUCCUCGCGAUGACCGAGUAGAUAGAAAGGGACGAAAGAUUGAAGCAUCAUGA